AUUCUCCUUCUCUCAUCUUCUUCGUCUUGUUUUAAAUCUCUCUCUCUCUCUCUCUCUCUCUCUCUUUCUCCCUCUUGUGUAAACCCUAAAAUUGACUAGUCACGAGCUCGAAGCCAGUAUUCAAUCUUCAGUUUCUUCCAUUUAAGUGUUCGAUUACGACUUAAGGUUUUUCGAGCUUAAUCUGAAGUUACAAUGGUGGAGGUCAGGAGCAGCACCCAUUUGAAUUCCCAGUUGCAUUAUAUCCGGGCCACUAAAGACGGAUCGAUCAGAAUAGUGGCGAAUGUGGUUGCAAAUGGGAAAUCAAAGCUCAAGUUUAGACCUUUGGUUGAUGUGUACAACCGGGGAAACACUGAAGAUGAAGUGCCGAUCUCGAAAGUGGUCAGGGAGUUGGAGAAUGACUCUGAGAUGACACAGGGUUCUGAGGUGGAUGCCAAUACUGAUACAGAAGAUUUUGACAUGACGCUGCAGAAGGUUCGGAAACAGUGCAGAGAAAAGAAAAGGAAACUUGGAAACCGCGGAGAUACUGAGACAGUUGCGCAGGUUAAAGUUAAACAAGAGUACUCUACGCUUCAUACUGAAGACGAAGAAUGUGAAGUUGAGGAGCCUCUUAGCCGCUGGAAUACGAAAUUCUCCAAGAGAAGAAAGAAGAAGCAAGAGUGUAAAUCAAAGUGUGGUUCUACUUCCUCUCCAUCUGCGAAGGAAGUUGAUUUGCCUGUGUUCUGUGAUGUCAAGCUUGAGGCUUCCUGGGAUGAACUUGUGACUGUGGAUGUGAAUGUGGAGAAUCAAACUGAAGAUGAAGGAUGUGAUGUUGAAGAGCCUCUUAGCAGUUGGAAUACGAAGAGAAGUAAGAAGAAGCAAAAGCUUAAAACAAAGUGUGGUUCUACUUCAACUCCAUCUGUAGAGAAAAUUGAUUUGCCUGUGUUAUGUGAUGUCAAGCCUGAGGCUUCUUGGGAUGACAGCUAUUUGGUUCCUGCAGCCAUGUAUAUCAUUCCCACUAAUCCUUUACUAGAUUCUGACAAAGAGCCGGAAUCUAUUUCAAAUAAGGAGCUGGUGGAAGAGAUUGUGCAUGAUUUUUCCAAGGACGCAAUACCAGUUUUACAUCGCAGUCCAGAGCCAAAUUCUCUUGGAAUUGUAGCCAUUGAGGAGCCCAUAACUACAAAGCCGGUUGACAAAACUGUUGAAGAUGCAUCAGAAGAGUUCAUCGAAGCAAGGAAAGCUCCAUGCUGUCUUGUUGGUAACUUUGCUCUUGAGAACGUUUUGUGCGGUAGUGCGUCUAGAGAAGAGGAUGAAUUGGAGACCACUGGCUAUGUCAAGAACUCUUCCAAUACAAGCUCGGUGACCGAAGAAGUUAGAGAGGAUGAGGAAAGCAAUGUAUCAAAGCCUAACGUAGACAUGAUCACAACUGGUUUGGAGAUUAUGAAGUUAGACGCUCCAGAAGUACUUGCUAGCUUAGACAUGACCAUAAUUGGUUCGGAGAUUGUGAAGGCUGAUGCUCCACAAAUGCUUGCUACUGAUAUCUCUGAUUCGCUCACCGUAGAUUAUGGGGUAAGAAACACCGAGCUUGUAUGGGAAGACGAAGACAUUGCUAAUGAUGAGCUACAUGAAGCAACUGAUAUUCUCCCGUUGACCAGCUGCAAUGAUUUAAUGAAUAAUUUGCAUUCAGCUCCUGAUGACAGCACAGUUUCAUUAGAAGAAGAUCAUCUGCCAGAAAGAUUACAACAAUCUUCAUCCUCAGGGAACGUAGUAGAUGAAGCUGGGGACAACAAAUCAUCACAACUCUUUCAAGCACCAACUGACGAGGCUAAAACAGCUGAAGAAAGUGACAGUAUCCAGCAACAAGAGCUACACUCUCAACCUGAAAAACUACUCUCAGGGAGAAAGACUUUAUCUCCCACCUCUCAAGCAAACCUUUGCAAAGCAAUGGAGCACUCCGAUUCAUCUGAGAAGAUGUGUAAAAAAUCCAAAGGGAAACUCUACUUCAGUAGCCACAACUCACAUAGGAUACUUAAGGCGCAUGGGCUGGACAGUAUCGACCGAGUGGAAGUUGUUCCAAAUCCAAAGCAAGCCAUUCGAAAAGCAAAAAUUAACACUCGGCAAACGCAGUAUCAAAGAGCCACAAACAAGUUUUCCCGUCGAGAUACUCAAGCAGCAAAAACACAGCCUUUUAGCACUGGACGCACCUCGUUACAAGGAUGUACAGAGAAAGCUAUUGCCUUCUCUCAAGGGCAAAUGCGUGAUUUCCAAUAUAUCACAGCUAAGCUCACAAAAGAGCUCAAAUCGAUGAGACAAAUCACAAAGAGAUGUCUCCUUGCUGAAAGCAACCCCUCCAUCAUGCCUGAGUGUAACUUGGAUGAGGUGAAAACUUUGAUUGGAAAAGCAGAGAAAACUGAAGAGAGUAGCAAGAAAUGGCUUUCGAUGAUUGAACGGGACUGUAAUCGGUUUUGCAAACUUAUGGGUAUGGUCAAAGAAGAUUCUUCAGAUACUGACAAUAUUGUUCAGAAGAAAAAGAAGAUUAAGUUUGCAGAUGAUGCAGGAGGAGAUCUUUGCCAUGUCAAGGUUUUUGAAAUUGAUUUGGAAUCUGAAUCAUAAACUUAAGUGUGUAGAGACUUAUUGUAAACUAUCUCAGCAUUUUUGUACAUUCGUGUUUUUGUGUUUCACUUGAUACAAGUACUGUAAUCGAAAACCAAGAUAGUGUUACUUAAUUCUCACAUUAUAACUUCAUUACAGCAA